CAAGCUUUUUAUUCCGUGCUCCACUAUCGUAGAUAUCCGCUCCUGCCUUGUUGGCAUAUCGACGCUCGAAAGGCGUGACUUCUGCUUUAGAAGUAGAGGGAAGGACUACAUUCAUCCCGACACAAGUGCCAAACAACCCCAUUCUGGAUACAGUCCAACGAUAGCUGCCGUCGAAAGGAAACGUGUUCUCCUUCUCCUUGAGGACGACGUUGGGCAGACACCGAUUCAUAGGGACUGGCAAGCCGGUGAGCAGGAACAGUCAACGAUGGAUAGUAACAAGACAAGAACCCUGCAUCCGAGGGAGGUGCUUCGCCAGGUUGCUGAUUCAAUGAAUGGACAGCGCAACGAACUUUCUGUUACUCUCCCUGCACACACUACCUGGAAGUCUGCUAUCCGAGCUGCGGAAGCAGCCCUCGGCGAUAUUGAUGGAUCGUUACUUUUGAUGCCCCGCGGAACUGGCAACCGUCGAUUACUUCGGAAGACAGCACUCCAGUUAGCUUCGGAGUCGCCCUCAGAAAAUGUUUUGGGUCGCCCAAUACGAACAAAUGUCGACCUAAAGACAGCAGAACCCCGCCCGCCGAUAAGUGAGGCAGCUCGCGAGCGUCUCCGUAACAUGGCUAAGGAGGCUGCCAAGACAGAAUUCCGAGAGCCGUACGCAUCACUCCGGCCAGCAUUAGGAGAAGGGCACCUCCCUAUUAUUCGUGCAGAUCUUAUUUUACGAGGGAUGGAUAGCAAUGAGACUGACCCUAUCUACAAGCUCGAAGGGAUUAAUAUGAUAUUCGAUACGGGGGCCCAUCAGACUAUUAUCGCGGACGAACUUCUCCCUACUUCUUUCCGAGAAUACCUGAAGGACUCGGUUCACGAUCCAUACCGCUCAAGUAAUGGCUUGGUUCUACAGAUUGAUGCUGCUAUAGCUUUAACAAAUUGCCCUGUUACUAUUGAAGCUGUUGCUGUUAUUAUGCCAAAAGCCAAGAUGCCAAACAAGCUAGUUGGAGUAUUGUUCGGACAAUUCUCAUGUAUUGAUCGACUCAGCCUUCGGGCUAUUCCUCGGCAGAUACUGCUUGCAAAAGGAGAAGAGAUCUCAGAGGAGCACUGGGGAGAUAUCGUGGCGGAGGAGUACCUCAAUCUGGACGAUGAAAUUGUCUCCCUCUGAGAAGUCGCUGGCAACAUUUCCAUGCGGAGACCAAACUCUUACACGAAAGGGCGGAAGGUGUUCUUUUCUUUUGCUUUGCUUAGCAACGCCUAUCGGGGUGGAUAACUAUUGUUCUUUAGCUAUCGUUUUGCUAUUAUUACC